UCUUUUUCUUCUAAGCUAUGGCUGAUCAAACCCCUUCUCACACCUCUUCUACCUCCGACACUCCAUCUGCAAAUCACCCACCCUCUGUUCUUCAAAACCCAGAUCCUUCUUCCCCCUCUCUUUUACAAACCUCCGUUGUUCAAAAUCUCGAUCCGUAUGCCAACCCUCUUUUUCUUCAUGCUGCGGAUUCCUCCAGUUUCAUCCUUGUUUCUGAGAAAUUGCAAGGUGAAUCCAACUAUAAUCUUUGGUCCCGCUCUGUUAUCAAGGCUUUGAUGACGAAAAACAAACUGGGUUUCAUUUUUGGUACGAUUCCAAAGCCCCCUGAAACCCACUCCGACUAUGGAGCUUGGUUGCGUUGUAAUGCCUUAGUAAGCACAUGGCUUGCUAACUCUGUUUCUUCUGAAAUCGGGAGUCUGAUCCUCUACCUGGAUGAGGCAGACGUUAUUUGGCAUACUCUGGAGACCCAAUACAAACAGAAGAACGUUUCGAAAAUCUUCAAUGUGGAGCAGAAGAUAGAGUCCCUCCAACAGGGAGCUUUAGAUCUCAACACGUUUUAUACGAAGCUGAACACUCUUUGGGAAGAGCUGAAAAAUUAUGAGCCAUACCCGAUUUGCUCUUGCGGCGGUUGCUCGUGUCACGCAAAUGCCCAGUUCGUCGAACUGGUUGAACGCCGUAAGGUGGUCCAGUUUCUGAUGAAGCUCAACGAAUCAUAUCAUCCUGCUCGACGCCAGAUUCUCAUGCUGGAGCCUCUUCCGAGUAUUUCCAAGGUUUACAAUCUGGUGUCUCAGGAAGAACAUCAACGUCAGGUUCGUUCUUCCUCCACUGACCCUGUCGUUUUUCAAGCCUCGGCAUCACGUUUUCCCAGGAGCAGAUUUACCCCUCUAUCUCAAGGGAAACCUCGUCCCGUAUGUGCACAUUGUGGCUUGAAAGGACAUACAAUUCAUCGCUGCUACAAACUGCAUGGGUAUCCGCCAUCUUCUCGAUCAUUUGGCUCAUCUCAGCCGCCUCUCCUGCCGACACCUAGGUCAGGUAUGGACUCCAACCUGUCAAACCCUGUUAAUCUGGUUGUUUCUGAGUCAGGCCUUCAGUCCAAGCCCAGUAUGACGUCUGGCGCAUCACUAAGCACCAUGGCCCAGGCCCAAGCCUUGUUCGACACCUUUCAGUCUCAGCUUAAACUUCUAGGUUCUUCCUCCAAAAUUUCAGACUCGGUUUCUGUUACUGAAUCCACCACAAACCCUACACCAGGACCCUAUGCAGGGCUUGAUGAUUGGGAGGGGUGAGCUUUUUCGGAACUUAUACAUACUUCGGCCAUCCACCACGCCUUCUCUUUC